ACCAUGACAUCCGAACAAACGCGGUAAAAUGUUUGUUAUGCUAGAUGCAGCUGAUGACACCUGAAGUGAAGCGGUCGCCUCAAACUGAAAUCACAGUUGAUAACAGUUUGGUGAGCUCACUCCUCUUCAACGCCACAACAGAAAGCACCGGCUCUCUCUGAUGCUGCAAGGCGUGCCCCAUGUGAUACUGAAAAAAGGAGGAGGUGGUGGUGGAGGGGUGUACUAAAAGAGUUUGCUGGUCCUCUCACUUCAUCACUCCAGAUCCAGGCCACCCCGGGGCGGAGCUGCACUGUAAGAAGAGCUCGUCAUCUGGACGCUGUUGGAAUUGCUCGCUUUGCUGUAACUCGUCUUAUCUCGACGCGGAGGGGUUGUGAUUUUUUUGGUGUGAAGACGAGAAGAAGUUCGUAUACCUUUUGUGAUUUGUUCACCAUGGGAGCAGCAGAGAGUUCAGUGCAGCGGGACGGGAAGAGCCAGGAGGAUGCCUCAGCUUCAGCCUCCGCCUCCGCCGGGGAGGUGAGCGUGCACCAGGAGGCGAGCAGCGUCCUCGAAAGCAAGCCUUUGCAGAAAAACGGACAAAUCUCCAGCAUGAGCAGCCUGAACGGACACUCGGAGGACAACACGCUGGCGGAAGUUGGCCAGCCAGAUGGUGUAUCCGUGGCUCAGAAAGAAGAGGCCCCUGAGACCAUGGACAUCCAGGAUGAAGUGACUCCUCAAGUAAAUGGUGAGAAAGCUGAGAAAGAGUCCCCUGAUGCCAAUGACAUCUCUGCUGUCGAGGAGAAAGCAGCGGAGGAAAAACCUGAUGAUGCGAAUGAAGUUGGCUUCAAGAAGAUCUUCCGCUUCGUGGGAUUCAAAUUCACCCUGAAGAAGGACAAAAGUGAGGAGAAAGACCCCGUGAAGCUCCUGACAGUCAAAGAUAAAGACGGGGAGGAGGUUACUGGCACUGAUGAAGCUGCCAAGGAGGAGGAAGCUGCCACUGCUGUGGAGAAAAGUGCGGCCGAAGAUAAGGAGGGUGAAACAGAGGCAUCUACUGCUGAGGCAGAGGUGGUUCAAGAUGGUGACAAAGCUGAAGCUGCUGAUGCCUCAGCUGAAACCGCUGCAGCUGAACCUACUGAGGAAGCUGUAAAGGAGGAAGGAGCUGAAAAGGAAGGAGAGACAUCUCCACCAGCCCAGGAGAGCACCCUGUCCCCCUUCAGGAAGCUUUUCAGUGGAGGCCUCUUCUCUAACCUGCGGAAGAAAACCAGCAUUAAGAAGACUAAAGAGGAGGAGGAAAAAGAGGCAGCUGUUGAUGAGGAGGCAGCUAAGACAGAAGAGACUACUGCUGUGGAGGAAAAGGAGGAGGUGGAGAAAGAAACCAAGGAGGAGGAAGCACCAGCCACUCCUGAGGAGGAAAAGUCUGAGCCCAAAGAGGACACACCAGCUUCUCCAGAUGAAGCAAAGGCAGAGGCUGCCCCCGAGCCAGAGGUCACUGCUGAAACUCCUGCUCCAACUACUACUGAUGAAACCAAACAGGAAGAGGAGAAGGCAGAACCCAGUGCUGAAGAAGAGAAAGUGCCUGUAGAGGUGACGACUGAGGCUGAGUUGCUGUCAUCUCAGGAGAAGACAAAGCCUCAAGGAAGCCCCCUGAAAAAGCUCUUCACUGGAGCCGGCCUCAAGAAGCUCUCAACUAAGAAACAAAAGGCCAAGAAGGAUGCCGAGCCAAAGCCCGCUGAGUCUGGGGAGCAGGUGACCGAGCAGAUCCAGUCCUCCACUGAGUCAGCCGAGGCUCCAAAGGCUGAAAGUGGACCCUCAUCUCCUGAGGAGUCCGGAGAGCACGUCCUUGCUGUGGAGAUGGCCCAGAUUGAGUCCAGCCAGGAGACCGAAGGUGAAGUUGCUUCUGAUGGAGAGAAGAAAAAGGAGGGAAUCAUUGCCUGGUCCUCCUUUAAGAAGCUGGUUACACCCAAGAAGCGUGUGAAAAGAUCUUCAGAGAGUGACGAUGAAGCUACAGGUGAGAAACCAGCGAAGUCAGCCACUCUGUCCUCCUCUGAGAGUGCUCCUUUAGCUGAUAAGAGUGUUGAAGAGGAGGCUAAGGAGGAAAAGCCAGCUGAGGAAGAGCCAAAGACUGAAACCACUGAGAAACUUGUCAGCAGCACUGAGGAGCCCAAGAAGAAGAUGGACACCUCUGUCUCCUGGGAGGCUCUGAUGUGUAUGGGUGGACCCAAAAAGAGGACCAGGAAGACCUCUGAUUCCGACGAUGAGGAGACAAAGAUUGAAGAGGAAAUACCAGCAGCUGCAGCUGCAGCAGUAGAGGGGGAACAAGAAGUCAAAACUGAGGCUGCCAUUGUAACUUCACAGAGCACAGAGCAUGAAGGAGAAGUUGUUUCCUCCCCUGAGCCUUUAAGCAGCCCCCCUGAAAGAGAGUCUGCCUGGGACACUCUGAAACGCAUGGUCAUGCUUAAGAACAGGACCAAAUCUGAGGAGAAGACUGAGGAAGGUGGAGAGCAAGUCUUGUCAGACAGUGAAGCACCAAAAGAUGAGUCCUCCUUCUCUCUGAGGAAGUUCCUGCCAGGUCGCAGAAAGAAGAAGGCCGACAAACAAGCCUCCACUGAACAUGGAACCGGUGACGAGGACUCUGACACCCCUGCUGUGGUUCCUCUCUCAGAGUACGAAGAAUCUGAACAGGAAAUGGCAUCAGAACCAGAACCAGAAGCAACUCCAGUCCAGGCUAAAGUAUCUGCUGAAGAUAGGUCUCCUUCAUGGAUCCCAGCCAUGGUGGAACUCAUCGAAGACAAACGUGAUGAGCUGAGCGACAUCCCAGAGGAGGCUGAGAAUGCUGCCACGCCAAAGUCUGUUGACACUGACAUCAUAGAGGACGAAACUGAGGAUGAUGCUGCUAUUGCUGCUAAAGCUUUAGCGCUUUCAAGACGCAGGCUGUCCACAGCUGAGGUGAAGCCCAUCGCUCAGGCUCCAUCUGCUGAAACUACUCCUGUUCCUCAGGGACCCAAGCCGGAGAAGGCAUCAGAGGUUUUGGAAAGCGUAGAGGUUCAAAUCAGUGAAAUUCCUAUCAAGACAUCUGUGGUGGUUGAAGAUGUACCAGUAGAAGUAGUCUCUGUCCAAACUGAGUAUGAACCACCAACUGAGACAGCUGAGUCAAAGACCAACACUGUAAUGGAGCGACAUGUACAAGGCGAGGCAAUGGCUAUCUGCACCGGCCUUGGAACCAAGGAGAUCGCUAAGGUAGCUCUGGAGAAGCCUGCAGAGACCGUCAUGGAGACUGUGGCUGUUAUCCAUGAUGCCCUGAGCACAGAGGUUUCCAAGAAGGAGAUGCCACUUCCUGCUGAGGAAGUUACUGUUACAGAAGAUGAGGUGCUCAUUGCCCAAGUUCACCAAGUGGAGUCCACCAAGCUUGAGUCUGCCUUGGAGAAAAUAGAAAGUGAAAUCAUAGACCAUCAAGCAGCUGAGGAAAACGUUGAACCUGAGAUUGAAAAGGUUGGAAUCGUCAGUGCUGUUGUGGAGGGAUCUGAGAUGGUUCAGCCUGCCACUGUGAGCGAGAACUCCCCCAAAACAGUGAUUGUCAGCCCAAUAACACCAACAUCUGAGACAGACGUUUGUACUCUAAGUGUAGCAGUCACUGAGCCAACUAUAGAAACCAAGGAGGUAAAGAUCGAAGACACCAAGGUAAACCCCCCUGAGACAGUCCAGAAGGUGACAGAAGAGAUAACCUUGGAAACCUCAAAGGUGACUGAGCCUGAAGUCCUUGAAGUCCCAAGUGAGGAUGCACCUGUUAUCACAGAGACUGUGGUCCUCUCAGCCUCGCCCAUCAUUGAAGCUGACCAAGUGGUAGUCUCAGGGCCGCUUAGUGAAGAAAUCAAGGAGGAGAUUGUGGAGGCUGCAGUCAUUCCAACUGUAGAGUCGCAGGUCAGUGCAGCUGUUGAUGAGGCCAGCAAGACCACAGAGGAAGUCAAGGAGGAUGAUCCCAAAGACAGUGACAUUGAGGCUCAGAGCAAGGUCAUUGCUGAGGCUGUCAUACAGGAGGCCAUGGACCAAGUUUCAGUGGAUGCUGCUGAACCAAAAAAGCCAGCCACUCCAACAACCACCGUACCAGCAGUGGUUCAGGCUAUCGCAACAACAGAGAAAGAGAUCAAGAUCACAGCAGAGGUACCCGUCAUCACUGACACCCCUGUUGCUUUAGUCUGCGAGAAACCAGCACCAAAGUCCCCUCAGACCCUUCAUGUUGCCAUGGAAGUAAUUGACGCAAUCCCAUUGGAGGUUGCAGACAGCCUUGACGCCCCUGAAGAUGAGCCGAUAAAAACAGAAGAAGAGCUGAAGAAAGCUGUGGAGGUAAACGUAAGUGAAGAAACUGUCGUAGUGGAAGAAGUAGUGGAGAUAAAAACAGAGAGUGAGACAGGUGAAGAGAAGGAACAAAGCAAAGACGAGGAAGUGAAACCAGGUGCAAAGGCAGAGGCUCCUUCAGAGGAGAUGCAAGAGAAAGUGCUGGAGAUCCACACCCCAGUCCAAGUGGUCCUGCAGACAGCGCAGGUGGUGGAGGAGCUGGAAGUGGAGGAAGAGACUGUUGAGGAGCUUGACAGCAAUGGUCCUGUAUCUGAAGACACAAGCGUGAAACCCGAGAGCCCUGCACUUGAAAAGAAACUCUCAACGUUGUCAGAAGAACCAGCAGAAGCAGCUUCAGAGGAGAAAUCAGCAGAGGCAGCAGCCAGCCAACCAGACACGGAGAAAACAGCAUCUGUGAAGUGUGCGGAGGUGAUGGCUCAGGUGAUCGAGGUGAUUGAGGAGGCGGUGAAAGAGAUCGAGCCUGUGUCCACAGAGAUCACAGCAGCAUCAUGAGCAGCUGGAGAUUACGAGACUGAUGCCUGGGAGAUGCACCGUCUGCACCAGGAAGUGAGUGAUGAGGAAGAGCGAGAGAGAGCGUAAGAGAGAGAGAGAAAAGAGGCAGCUCUCAACACACCCAGACUGGGCCCUGCCCAUCCCGCCCAGAUAGACUGAGUGACCGAGCAACAGCUCCGCCAUUCUCUCCACCUCCCCUUCCACCUGUACUCCAACCCCGUCCUGCAGCUCUGUCAAUGCACCGCGAUGCCCAGCCAAGACUUGUCUUCACACACACACACACAGACACACAAACAAACACACACUCCAAAGCAUGUCCUGUGCCUCAGACGCAUCCCAUCUGGCUUGUUCUCAGCGUGAUGUAUGUUCAGCGUCUCAGUGACUUUCCUUUGCCCUUGCUGCAGAUGAUGAGAGUGUGCAACCUGGUCUAGUGUCUCCUCAUGUAUGUAUGUGUGUGUGCGCAUGUGUGGGUUUGAAUGAUGUGUAUAGUAACAAGACUGAGAUGACAUCAGAGGUUAAAUAGAUGGAGGAUUAUUAUCUUGUAUAUUGUAUUUAUAUCAUGAGUAUUCUUUCAUUCAUCCCUUUUGUUUUUAAUUUUGUUUUUAGUUUUUGCCCUUCUUUGUUAUAUGUACAUUUUACCUGUUUCUGAAAAUCCCAUAUUAAACUGUGAUACAUCAGGUAUUCAUUUUAAGCAACACUGAGUCCUUUUAAAAGCAGAUGCAGAAGAAAUCCAAAAAGUAUCUUGUUAGAUUUACCAAAACAAAUGUGAGGCUGUUGCCCUUUAAGUCGAAUUCUUUGUUUAUUUUAAGACUCUGUAGCCAUUAUAGCUAACCCAUGGUACAAGUGUGAUGAUGCGGCGGACAGUACAAGAAAAACACUGACUGCAAAAACAAACAUGAGUGCACAGGGCAUGAUGAUAAGAACAAGAAAAGUGGAACUUCUGACACAUCUCUUGUCACUCUUCAUACUCGGCACCCUGAGAAAAAAAACACUAAAUAAGCUCCAUGUAGAGAUACAAGGUCAAUCACUGCCUGAUUUACUGUGAAACUGACAGUGUUACACAUUUUUUAAAAUGUAAUUAUACAAUAAAAUGCAAUAAUAACACCUGUAGAUGGAGCAAAAUAGUUACAUGCAUAUGCCAAUGUUUGACACUGGAAGAGUCGACACUUGCAUGUAAGACACAAAGAUAUUCAGUGUUCAGAUACCAUGUUUUCAUGCAUACUUCAUGUUUUAUAUGUGUAGUGGAACACCGUCCUUGCAACACUUAGACAGCAUGCUGACGCCAUCUGUUGUCUGCAAAAAGUAGUGCAUUGUUUAGUUUCAGUCAUUGGUGUCUUCAAGCUUUGAACUGUGUUUUUGAACAAGGAUGAUAAAGUAUGUAAAUGUUUUUUUGUUCGGUGCAAUCUCAUGCCGUCUUCCUCCAUAUGUUGUUUUUCCACCCCGCAUGAUAGCUCGAGAUGAUUAAACUGGCACCGGGGAGGACAUAGACUCACUGGUUUGGGGGGAUUCACAGAGGAACGGACACUGAUUGCAUGGUACCAGAACGAAAAACAAAAGCUUAUUUUUAUUCCUCAUCAAAAAAGCCAAAUUGAGUUCGGAUCAGUCAGGAGGAGUCAUGGUCUUUCCAUUGCUCACAGGAUCAGACAUCAGUUGGAUCCAAUUAAGCGUCUGUUCAGCUACCACUUUAAGUUUGGGCAGAUCAAACCUAAGUAAUAAAUUCAGGGCUUAUUUUGCAAGUUUUAACUGGCAGAAAGGGAGUUUUCAAACAUCCCUGAUGUCCAGUUUCUCCACCAAAGCAAACAUGGUGACUGAAAGGUUUCACUUGUUUUGUUUUAUCCUGCCAAAUUUGUCAAACUUGCACUGUGGCAAUCAUUCAGACAUGUGGAGAACUGUGAGAGCUUCAUGAAACUGAGUUUUUUAAAUUUGGUGGCUGAAGAGCAGCUCUAGAGGCUCACACUUCACUCAGCUUUAAGACCAAACCAGAAAAAGACAAACAGGAAGUGCAGACCACUGUUAGGUCACCACUUCCCCUUCUCUGACUCUAGAGUGUGUUUCACCUCCAUGUUUGCUUUAUGUUUGAAAAAAGAACAAGAAUGACUUGCUCAUUAAAAGCAUUUACACUUCAGUCCUCCCUGCCUUUUUUAACACUUAACUGUGAACCUGUUAACAUUUGUACAGAUUGUUUACCUACUGUAUGUACUUAAAAGUCAUAUUGUAAUAUUAACAAAUAACCUGCAGCCAUUUAGCCAUAAUAUUCAUGUAGCAUGGUCUUAGCUGUCUUUUAUAUUUUACAAGCUGUUAAUAGUAAAGAUGCAGAAAAACUUGUCUAUAUUUCAUUCAAUAAAGUUAAAGAAACUAAA